AUGACUUUCAACCUCCUCGGCCCGUGGGGCCAUGAGAUGUUCGACGUGGACCGCAUGAGGGCCGAUUCCAAAUGGCUCCUCUUCGUCUGCUUCAUGACAUCCUUCGUGUUAAUCUUCCAGCUCGUCGCCGGUGCUGUCGGUAAGUCCGAUGCGCUCAUCGCCGACUCCGCCCACACAAGCGUGGACCUCAUCACGUACUUCCUCAACUUCUACGUGGAGUACCGCAAAACGAAACACUUUCGGUUUGGCAACAGCUACGACGCCUUCGGCGUCAUGCAGGAUCAAGAACAGCGGCGACUUGAUCUUCGUGGUUCCACCAUCUCAACCUUCCUCCUGGUCACCGCGACUGGAUGGGCUUCGAAAGAGGCCAUCGAUCGACUGACCAUGCCGGACGAGUUGAAACCAGCCGCGAACUUUGCCGGCAUUGGACCCUCCAUGCUCUCGUUCUCUGUGAUGAGCGCUGCUGCCGGCGUCUUCACACUCUGGGCCCAUGGUACUGGUCUCUUCGAAAGAGACUUAUUCGGAUCUACAACUGUGGCGAUUGAGCUCCCUUCGAUGCCCAGUGAAGGGGACUUCACUACGGGGAGCUUUCCUGACAUGUCGCCAACUCCUUACAAGGAGUAUACCAGCCCGACGUCGAGCACCAACCGCAACAAUCGUGCCAACUCCCCCACAAGCGUGGAAGCAAACAUGAGUGCCAGCGAUUUGCCCGGGACCCAAGCCAACACAAGCGACGUGCCUUUCACUGAUUUCAGGCCGAAUGCAGUAUGGAGAACAACGGUGAUUCAACACAAGGGCAGCUGCCCCGCUGAUCACUUGGUGGCGACCAUCCCCGUGGUCGUCGGUGAAACUCUCACCCACGACACCCUCCACAUUCUCGAGGAAGGUAUUGCAGCACAGACCAUUGCAAACUGCUGCCUUGACUUCGUCAUGAAGCCUGGCUGGCCAGGCACCCAAGAUGCGAAGAUGAAAUCAUUGUUCCACAGGGUGUUGCAGCAAUAUAAGGAGCUUGCCAUCCCUUUGGACAACAGAGUUGGCGGGCUGCUGUCGACCAACUUCUGCAAUCCGAAAAAUGAGUAA